UGACUCUCCUCUCAGCAGUCUCUCCUCUCACAAAACCUCAGUGCUACAGACUUCCUCCUACACCAUGUCUGUCAGAGCUGUGAAGACCACCGCCUACUCCACUGUGUCCUCACCCAGAAGCCCAACGCUGGGCUUCAGCAGCCGCUCCUUCUCUGGCUAUGGAGGUCAUGGUGUGGGGAGUGCCAGGCAGAGCUACGCUGUCCGCAGCUCAUAUGGAGGAGUGGGCAGCAGUGGUGCAGCUGUGGGUGUUGGGGGCUGUAAGACGGUCGGUGGGUUUGCCGCUGGGGGAUCCGGACAAAGAUUAGGUGGCGUAGAGUUUGGAUAUUCAGGCUUUGGUGGAGGUGUAGCAGGUGGCAUGGCCAAUGAAUUUGUGGCCCCCAUCACAGCAGUGACAGUGAACAAGAGCCUGUUGGCUCCCUUGAACCUGGAGAUCGACCCCACCAUCCAGGCAAUCCGUACCGAAGAGAAGGAGCAGAUCAAGACCCUGAACAACCGCUUUGCUUCCUUCAUCGACAAGGUACGCUUCCUCGAACAGCAAAACAAAAUGCUUGAGACCAAAUGGAAACUUCUGCAUGAGCAGACCACAUCUCACUCAAACAUCGAUGCUAUGUUCGAGGCCUACAUUGCCAACCUGCGCAAGCAGCUGGACCACUUGGGUCACGAAAAAGUCAAACUGGAGUCUGACCUGCAUAACGUAACGGGCCUGGUGGAGGACUUUAAAACCAAGUACGAGGACGAGAUCAACAAGCGCAAUGAGUGUGAGAACAACUUCGUCUUAUUAAAGAAGGAUACAGACGCAGCAUACAUGAUGAAAGUGGACCUCGAGGCCAAACUGGAUGGACUUUCAGAUGAGAUUGAAUUCUUGAAGCAGCUCUACGAUGCAGAAAUUAAUGAGUUGCAGAGCCAGAUAAAGGACACGUCUGUUGUGGUGGAGAUGGACAACAGCCGUAAUCUUGACAUGGACGCGAUUAUCGCUGAAGUGCGUGCCCAAUAUGAAGACAUUGCCAAAAGGAGCAGAGAGGAGGCUGAGUCAUGGUAUCAGACCAAGUACGCAGAGAUGGAGCAGUCAGCGGGUAGAUAUGGAGACGACCUCAAGUCAACCAGGGCUGAGAUUGCUGACAUGAACCGCAGGAUAGUGAGGCUCCAGUCUGAAAUCGACAUGGUUAAAGCUCAGCGAGGCAGUUUGGAAGCUCAGAUCGCAGAGGUUGAGGAACGCGGCGAACUGGCGGUGAAAGAUGCCAAACUCCGCAUCAGAGAGUUGGAAGAAGCUCUUCAGAGAGCCAAACAGGAUAUGGCACUCCAAGUCCGCCAAUACCAGGAACUUAUGAAUGUUAAGCUGGCUCUGGACAUUGAGAUUGCUACAUACAGGAAACUGUUGGAAGGAGAGGAGAACAGGUUGGCAACUGGAAUUCAGACCACUGUGUCCAAGCAGACUUGUGUGAACUACAAUGCCUACGGUCUGGAGAGUUCCUACAUCCCUUCCUACAUCAGCAGUUCCUUUGAUAAAGUCAAAGCAAGCAGUGGGUCUACGUCAGCAGUCGAGGGAACGGCAGUGAAGAGCACCACAGUCACCAAGACGGAGACAGUGGUGAUGAAGACCGAGGAGAAAAAAGAGAAGGAAGAGAAGAAGGAGGAGGAGAAGGAGCAGGUGGAGGAGGAGAAGCCAGCAGCAGCAGCCAAGGAACCAGAGGCUGUGGAGAAGAAGGAGCCGGAGCACGUGGAGGCCGAAGCUGCAGCCGAAGAGUGAUUUUCCAUCCUGUUUUGAGAAAUUCAUGAUUUGUUGUUGAAGAUUAAGAAAAAGCACAUUCUUUUUCAUUAUCCAACUUUCACCCAAAAAAUGUGUGAAGAUGUGUAAACACACCUUUCCUUCAGAUAUCUUUAACACAGCGGUGCUUAUUGAGCUUAAAUAUCCAAAAGCUCUCUAAAAUUCUCUACUGUCACCUGAAGCAGUGCCAGACUUUAACUCUUUCCCCCUUAAAGAUGAUAUUUGAUGACCUCCCCAUACCCCAUGACAAGUGUUGACAAUCACAAUAUAUAUUAAAGGUAAAUAUGUGGUUUGACGACCGUUUGAAUAGUUUGAGUUUGUUUUAUAAGCAGCCCUGAAAUAAAGGGAAACCUCCAGGUUAAGAAAAUAGCUUCAAGGUUUACUCAAACUAGGCUUUCGAGGGCUAAAGAGUUAAACCUUUCACUGCACCACACUUUUUUAGCCAAAAGGCGGCAGUAUUGUUUGUGUUUUCACCCUGUGUACUUCAACCAACAGGAGGCACUGCCAUCACACCAACCUGUAAUUCACAACUUUUAAAAGAAGGCCAUUAUAUGCUGAGCAGGGAGUGACAAACCUGUUGUAGUUAAACUCUUAAAUGUGAUGAAGAGCAGCCACACGAGUUCUCGUGAGUUCUACUUUCUGAGUCCUGUUUGCACAAUAAUAAACGUUCAAACAGAAAUCUA